GGAAACUUUAGGAAAAAAUCACUCUAGAGGAUCCUUGCUCACAAAUGAUAGCAUUACACUUCCCGGAGAGACCACCUGGCAAAGGGCAUAGAAGAGAAAUGCACAGGCCUCAAGGAGGAGAGUCUGAGAGCUUUGUCAUACAAGUAAGAUCAGACAACUCUGAAGAAGAAAACAACUUCAAAGUCCCUAAAACUAGGGUUUCUUUUUCUCGUAGUCCAAAGCUCAACUUCUCAGCCAUGAAGCUCUUUGAUCGGUUCCGUAAGAUAGUAAUGAGGCUUGUCUUCUCAAUUCCAUCAAAAGGAUCCUCUUCUCAGGCCGCAGCAGGGACGUCGGGUCCUAGAAGAAGAUCUUGUGAUCGGCCUGAGCCUCCGAAGACUUCGUGCAGCUCAUCGUAUUACUCAUCGAGCUCGCAUUAUAAUGAAGCCAUUGCGGAUUGCAUUGAGUUCUUUAACAAAUCAUCGCAGGAGGGAGUUUUGUUUGGCAGGAAAUCAGACGUUAUGGUCUGAUUUAAGAGGUUCUUGUGUGUGUGUUCUCAAGCUUUAAGGUUAUUUGUAUAAAAGAUAUAUGUAUAAAAUACAUGCAGUGGUUGAGAUGAAUUUCAAAGCUUCUGUUACAUCGUGGGCUUAAUCGACACAGAAGUUUCAUGUGUGUGUGCGCCCUGUUGUUGUUGGUCUUAAAUAUAAAAAAAUUAAAUUAAACUUAA